AUGCGGCCCGGCACGCUGUUCAUCGCUACGCUUCUGGCGAGAGUGACAGCGCUGGACAACACAACCAGUCGCAUUGUUGCUAAAUUGGCAUCCUAUGGAGUUGAUGCCUAUGAGUUUUUCAACUCCAGCGUGCUGCUGGACUCGUCAUUGAGCACGCGGUCGUUGGGAUUUUGCUCCGAGCUGUGUUCCGCACUUCCCCGGCUCUAUCCUGGCCACGUGUUGCAACGCUCGACUACGGCUUACUCGACUUGGGAUGCCAGCUUCUGGUCGCAGCAACAGGAGGAUGUCGAUCCAGCCUGCGUAUUCCAGCCAGCCAGUGCAGUGGAAGUCGCUGUCAGCCUGCUGCUGUCAGAGCUGACGCUGUGUCCGUUUGCUGUCAAGAGUGGCGGUCAUGCCGCUUUUGCCGGCGCCUCCAAUAUCCAGGAUGGCUUGACGAUCGAUCUGGUCGGGCUGAACUCCACGGCCUUGUCCAGGAAUUCCACUAUUGCGUCUGUCGGUGCGGGUAACCGCUGGUUGGAUGUCUAUGAUUGGCUAGAUCCCAUGGGCUUAUCGGUCAUUGGUGGUCGUGUGUCCGACAUUGGCGUGGGCGGCCUGACGCUGGGAGGAGGUAUCUCCUUCUUCUCCGGUUUUCACGGCUGGGCCUGUGACAAUGUUGCCAAUUAUGAGGUUGUUCUGGCCGACGGUAGCAUUGUCGAUGUUAACCUUGACACUCAUCCCGAUCUUUACUGGGCCCUGCGUGGUGGUGGCAAUAACUUUGGCAUUGUUACCCGCUUCGACCUGACAACGCACACUCAGGGCCUCAUGUGGGGAGGUUCACGCAUUUGGCUAGAAGAUUAUCAAUCCGACAUCCUCCAUGCGCUAGUUGACUUUGGAAUCAAUUCGCCGUCGGACCCCAACGGGGCACUAAUUGUGUCGGUGGCCUACGCUGAGGGUCUCUACCUACUGGUCGCAGACUUGGAGUACGCAAAGCCGGUGGUCAAUCCUCCUAUUUUUGAGAACUUCAGCAGCUCGGGAGUUCUCGAGGAUACCAUGGCCAUCCGUAGUCUAUCCAAUAUUACCCUUCUGUUCAAGGAAUCCAAUCCUAACGGACUGCGCGAGAGCUAUUGGACGGGCACCGUCCAGCUUGACUAUGAGCUGGCGACCAACAUCACCAACAUGUUCAAGCAGGAACUCGUUCCUAUUCAGAACGUGACCGGCCUUGUCCCCGCUCUCGUUUGGCAAGUUAUCAGCACUAACACCAUGGAGCACAUGGCCAAGAAUGGAGGUAACGCGCUAGGACUCGAUCCGAAGGACGGACCCUUGCUGCUGAUCAACCUUGCUUUCAUGUGGGACGAUGAGGCUGAUGACGCCGCAGUUAUGGCUGUUCUGGGCAGAGUCACUCAAAAAGCGCUUUCAGCAGCGAAGGCUCGCGGUCUGGGAAGUCGCUAUCUGUACAUGAACUACGCGAGUCAGUACCAGUCCGUUGUGCCCUCUUACGGCACGGCAAACCAGGCUCGCUUGCAGGCGGUCUCCAAGAAGUACGACCCUUUGCAGGUGUUCCAGAAUCUGCAACCGGGUUAUUUCAAGCUUGAUGGGGCGCCAGCUUUGUAG